ACGUAUAUACGUACAUUUUAACAUAAGGUACGUGCAGGGGGUGUGCAGGCGGUUAAAUAUAUUCUGUUUUUAGAAAGUACGACGCCGGUUCUAACAAACCAAUUUAGUGCAAAAUCAUUACGUCAGUAUGUCACUCUUUCUACACCAAGAUAGGAUCAAAACGACAAGUGGACUUAGAGAGUAAUUCUAUGAAGACUUUCAGAAGCAGCAAGCAUUUUACAUAUCUAACAAGGGAAGAAUUUGAUUCGAUGUGAUCAAAUUUGAGGCUUGUCGAAGGAGCAAUAAAUGCAACGAUGCUAGCUUGUUGUGCUACCAGCUGAUGAAACACCGAAGGGGACCAAAGUACAAUGGGGGACGGACUCAUUAGAAACAUCAUUGCAGCAUGCUGCUUCAUCUCGUGUUGCCGAACCUUCCUCGUACUGGUGUACUUAAUUCCAGAGAGCAAAGCACCUGAUCACUACCCACUUGGUUACACUGUCAUCAGGAAGGAGUACACUGCUGCUCCAGCUCGUGUAAUUGCUGGAAAUGUAAGCUUUGAAGGUUUUCAUGACGACAGUGACGAUGCGCGACAGAAGAUGGUAGAGGAUGGAGAAGAGUUGGCGCGCCAAAGACGCCAUGAUUACAAUGAAGGUUUAGAAGUGGAUAUCGAGGGGGUACCUGUGGCAGAAGUAUCACAAAACUUUGAUCUGAUGCCUGCUGGAGGAUGUCCGGAUUCUGGAAGGGGAAUCUUUCUUCUUACCCUUGUCCAUUCCUUACCGCCACAUUUCGAGCAGAGACAGGCGAUAAGAGAGACAUGGGCGAGGAAUUCAUCACACGGUGAUGGUCCGCGUGUGGCUGUUAUUUUCGUAACCCCUGGGGUCAGUCCAAGACCAGAAGUAAUGAAAGGAUUGAAGAAAGAAGCAGCUAUUCAUAAUGAUAUUAUCCAUAGCGUUGCUGGGGAUUCACUGAGUACAUUCCGACCAUCAUCCAAAGUCCUUCUCUCCAUGAUGGGCUGGACACUCAACUACUGCACCCAUGUUAAAUUCGUGCUCUUUGCUCAUGACGAGCUCUUUAUCAACUUUCAUCAUGUGGUAGCACGCCUAAAACUGGUUACGCCUAAACCAUUUAGAACGUUCUCCAUUGGCAGGGUCAAGAAACUAGCCAAAGUGGAGCGAAAUGCUGUCAAGUGGGAUUAUGUACCCGAAUCUGUGUUCCCGAAAGAAACAUAUCCAAAUUAUUGUGUAGGGGGAGCCGGUUUUGUCAUGUCUCUACCUUUUAUUAGACAGGUUCACCCUAGGGCUGUGCAAUUCAACAAAGAGGUAAAUGUCUUUCCAGCGAGUGAUGUUAUGGUAGGCAUCGUCACAAACCAACUCAAAGCAGAGCCACGUUAUCAUGAAGAAUUCCACAAAUCAGGUGGAGAAGCAAACUACUGUGACUUGCGAGACACUCUCACCCUAGGUGACUUUAACACCCCGAAGCUGAUGCAUGGUGCUUGGAGAAACCACACAGACAGGAUGAACUGUCCCAGUCCUGUUCCAAAUGCCACUGAAAUUAAAUGGUGGACUAAAAAUGUUGAUCAUCGCCAGUACUUUAGCAACGUUUUCCAGUUCAUCCACACGCCAAAAUCAUUUUGCAAAGAUAAGGACAUCACAUUACUAGCGUUAGUGAGCACACAUCCUCACAAUGCAAAUCUCAGAAGUGCCAUACGAGUUACCUGGGGUAGUCCAGACUAUACCAAAGCAGUGAAAGUACGGGUGUUAUUUGUUCUCGGUAGAGCUGCAGUAGAGACACCAGGAACCGUUGACCUCGUUCAGAAGGAGUCCGACAACUUUGGGGAUAUUCUGCAAGCAAAUUUUGUAGAAUCGUUCCAUAAUCUAACUUUGAAGGUCAUUUUAGGCCUACGUUGGGCGUCAAGUGAAUGUUCAUCAGCGAAGUUCGUCUACAAAGGAGAUGAUGAUAUGUUAGUCAAUUUUGAGCAUAUGACCGGCUAUCUCAACCAACUCCCAGUAUUCAGAUCGCAAAAUCUUUUCAUGGGGAACCUUAUGACAAUGAGCCCCGCCAUCAGAACGCCCUCCAAAUACCAAAUCCACAGGGAAGUCUAUCCAUUCAAGUAUUUUCUGCCGUACUUCUCUGGAGGUGGCUAUAUCAUGUCUGCUACCACGGUGCAGAAGAUGUCUAGUAUGUCAGAGACCACAAGGUUGAUCCCUAUAGAUGAUGCCUAUGCAGGAAUACUUGCCUACCGAUGCGGAGUCUCGUUAAUGCAUGCUGGUGGCUUUAUUGUUGGAGGAAGUAGACGCGACGCAUGUAGGUUACGGAAAGCAUUUAACAUGCACGGAUUUAAACGAACUACAAUCUUUAUCGCAACGUGGAAAACGUUUCGUGAGCCUAAAAUCCAAUGCCGGGAGGACGACCAUAAGAAAAAUUGGUCCCAUAUAGCUUGAUAAUUCCAUAUCUAAAAUGUGCAAUUUAGUAUCCAAAGUACAGAACUUACGCAAGCAGUAUUAUCUAAUUGUCAUACCUAAAGUACUGUAUACUUUUAAACUAUUUUACAUUCUUUUAGAAUGCCAAAUACGUGGUCCAAAAUAUUUAUUUUUUUACCGGGGGAUGGGGGAGGGGCUCUUCUGUGGGCUUAAGAAAUAUGUGACAUUAGUAUUAUAUCUUGAGCACCAAGGGAAUAUAUAGUUCUUAUUAUGGCAGCUGAAAUUAAAAGUCUGUAAUAUCAUCCCCUUUCAGGUCUAUAGCGAUAAAUAAGUUUUGUCUUCGAGGGAUCGAACAUAGCGACUGAGCUAAUUAAAAAUCACAUAUUCAAACUGUUGAAUACGUAUUUCAGAAAUUGCAUGCUACACACAGAGCAUGUUAUUUCGUUAUAGGAAAGGGGAAUAAGACUGACUAGGGACGGUCUGUGUUUUAUCCUUUCAGGGCGUUUCAAUAUUAUGCGCGAAAAAGCGUCGCGAACGAGUGGGAAUUCUUUUAUUUCUAGAGCAAAACUAUAUUUUAAAGAACUUUUAUAUAAUAAGGUAUUUCAAUGCAUUAUGGCUUCAACGUCAAUAUCAUCCCUCAUUAAUUUAUUCAUCGCUAAUUGAUAUUUAUGAAGGAGUGUGGUAAUAGGAAGGAAACGUGUAGAAUUUUCCAAAUCGGGUAUAUACUCAUCAGGUGCACAGACUACAAAAAUAAUACGAUGCUUGGAUUGGCAUAUAGACCAAUUAGAAAUAAACGGAUUAAGAGAGUUAUUCUGACCCUAUUCUGUAGCUAGGCUAUAAUGCAAGGUGGCGGUCCAAGCGUCGUGUUUAUUUUGAAUUAUAUCCUCCUGAUGAGGGUUUAUUUCCAAUUAUUGUUCUAAUCAUAAUGCCAAUUCGUCUAAUUACCAACUAGGCCUAUCUACUAUUAUUUGUCUAUCAUCAGUUCGUCCACUAUCCACAUGGUCUAAUUACCAUUUCAUCCACCCACCAUUUCCCCUAAUAAUCAGUGGAUUCCAUAAUAGUCGUUUAGUCCAUAAACCAUUUGGUCUAAUUGGAUCAGUUUUCAUUGGGAGAAAUGAAUGAAAAGAAAAUGGGUAUUCGACCAACUGGUUAUUAGACGAAAUGGUUAUAGACGAACUCAGUGGCCGCGGGGGUAGGGGUGGGGCUGGAUGGGCUACAGCCCUCCCCCACACUUUUUUUCCAAAACCGUGUACAAAAACAUAGAAUGGCCAUAUGAUUGUGAUUUUUUUUUUUUGCAUAUGGUCAGCCCCCCACUUUGAAAACCGUUCCGCGGCCCUGGAACUGGUGGUUAGACGAAGUGAUAAUUGGACCAAAUGGUUGGUAAACGAAAUGUUGAUGGAUGGAAUGGCAUAAGACUAUAAAUGAAGGUAGACCAUGCGGUGAGUGGACGUAUUGGCAAUAGAUGAAUCAGCAGUUUAACUCUUUAGCCUAUAGGUCAGGGAUGAUAUAUCGACUGAACAUUUAUCAAUAGAUAAACUACUGAAGAAUGUAAAAUAAGCGUUUGAUCAAAAUAGAUGGUAGAUUUAAAUUUCUAUUUUCCACUGGUAUAUAUUUUGAUUUGGGGGAGGUUACUUUGAAGAAAAAAAAAUGUUGACACUAUAUCAUAUCUCCGGGCUGCUAUUGCUUCAAGCAGUUUGUAUUUUACUCAUCUUAACUUAUCACAUGCUUUAUGUACAUUAUCAGUCUUUGUCUUCGUCAGUAUUAUUUAUCUCUUCGAUUGUUACUUUGAAUGUAUUCAUUUAUAUCUUUGUGAACCCCUGAUGUGAACAUGGCAUUUCAUUACCAGCUGAUUUAUAAAUAAAAUACAGAAACU